UUCAAUCUUUAUUGGUGCGAGGGGGCACUAGAACAUCUCCUUCGACGCCCGAUUUCAAGACACGCCUGUGAGGCUGGCGCAGAGCACUCAGAAUCUAGCAUCACACUAUGCCUCUUCCUAAACCAGGCGACACAGCCUAGCAGUCCUCUCGCUUGCGAUUUCAGCUUCUGGUCCGCCCACUACUUCAACUCUCACAAGUUUUGCGCACUCAAUGCUCGUAUUCCCCGUCCACCGCCGUCUAGAGUUUGUGCCGGCGGCCAUCAUGGGCUCGAUCGAGUGGUCUGGACGGCAGUCAUGGCGCUCCAAGUUCUCUUUGAAAAGCCUUGUCGCACCAGACCUGCGUCUUCCGAAUCCCUCCUUGCAACAUGGCCGGCAAGCCUUACGAACGAGUGGCGACAGAAAUAUCACACGAGUAUGAUGACGGUGGGGAGGAGCAGCAGCUGGUGCAAAUCCCCUGGCACCCUGGGCUGUCGGCUAGGUUCCCGUGGGCUGGCUUCAUAUCCCUUCUCACAGUCGUUGCCGGUGCUGCCGGGGCAUUGACCGUUCUUCUGCUCUCAGAUGGCCAGUCCCAAGCGCAAUGGCAGCGUGCGACCACCGUCCACUCCAAACACGUGGACAUCCGCCUCGAAUGUCCUCCUCCCAGUGUGUUGCUCGCAAUCAUCAACGCGGUGACAAACAUCUGUUUGUUUGCUGCUGCUGGUCAAGGCUUUGCCAUCUACUGGUGGAGAAGAGCGGUUCGCGGAACCACCGUCAAACAACUGCACCAACAGUGGUACUUUUCGAGUUCGGGACUUGCGUUUUGGUGCCAUCCUAGGUACUACAGCCUCGCGGCUUUGGUCGCCCUCGCAACCAAGAUCUCGAUAGCCGAUGGGAUUCUUCUUCAAAAAGCAACCUCUCUCGUAGUUGGCAGCGACAACUACUCGACAGACACAACCCUGGACGUUCGUUCGGCAAUAAGCUAUCCCCUGACGGGAUAUGUUGUUGGCGGAAACGUCUCAGCGCCGACGGAGCCUUAUUCCCUCCUCUCUUGGGCCACGCAAAUUGAAGUCGGUGGAGAUAUUGGAGUUUCGGCCUUUGCCUACAGUGGCUGCAACUCCGGCUCCUGCACAUUCUCGCUUCAAACUCUGGGGUUCUCAAUUGCAUGCAAGGAUACCGCAAACGAGGUCUUUAACAUGUCGUCGGUACCGGUGGGGGACAAUGUUCGCGCAUGGAGUGUUGACUUUGCCAUGAGCUGGGCUGGGGGAGACAAAGACUACACAAGCAUAAUAUACACUGGUGCCGGAAUUUCGAGCGAUUUUGCCGUAGAGCAAGAUGGACUCGAUGGCCACUGUUAUGUGAGAUAUGUGGCGACGGUUUGCGAACUCCGGCCGGCGAUCAUCGAGCUCGCCGACGUGAGCGUAACCAACACCUCGGCCUCAUCGAGUGCCACGGCGUCAUUGCCUUUGAUGGGCUUGUCCAUCGCAGGGAAUCAGCUGUCUGAGGUCGCAGUCAUUUCGCACCUUGACAUCCGAGAGGACGGCACUGAAUCCGGUUCGACGAUCGGCGGAAUACAGUUUGCACUCAACGAUGCAUUCGCCAUGGAGGCUGUCAUGAUACGUGAGAAGUCAGGCUGGGCUCUGGACAACUGGAGGAUGCCCAAGACCAACGCUGCUCAAUUUUGGGCAUCCGGCGAAGGUUUCCAGAAUGCCACCGAGUUGUGCUUCUACGAGACAAAUGAUCCGUUCCCCGAUAUUGUCAGGGCACUCAACCAGUGGACGUACCUCCUCAGCGUCAACGCUCCUCCCAGCGCAACAAACCCUUAUGAUUGGCAGUGGAACCAGCCCAUCCAAUACGGCCCAGCGCAAAUCUCAGCAACCAAGCAAGGAUAUGGUGGCCAGUAUUCUACGAACAAGGCGUACGCAGCUGCCGCUGUGGCCACCAUGCUUACAUGCGCACUGUUGAUUCUGCCUUCAUAUUAUGGCUUCUGGGAACUUGGACGGAAUGUCAGUUUGAGCCCCGUGGAAAUAUCGCACGCUUUCGGGGCGCCAAUCCUCGAAUCUACCAGUAUUAAAGGCGGUAUAAAACAUUUGAAGCUUCAGUUUGGAGAUACCAAGGUCAAGUACGGCGUAAUCGGAAGAGGACCCCGAACGAGACUGGGCUUUGCUCAGCCCGACCUGGUAGAAGGAUUGAGUGUCAAAUAGCCUGCUCGAUGACCUCCUCAGCCCGUGCGCGCUUUGCCGGGUUUGAAGCGUGAGAGAGCGGCCGAGGCAUUAGACAGAUAGGCUCUCUCUGUAAAGAUAUUCUUUAUACAUCUUCAAGUACCCUGAGAGUAAUGUCAGAUGCAACGUGAGGUGGUG